AUGCAGCUGUGGUCGCGGUUCCAAAUGCUGAGAAAGGGAGAGGUCCCAAAAGCAUACGUCGUGCGCACAACUGACACCCUUCUGGAGGAGGACGUGAAAACAUACGUUAACGGACAGGUUUCUUCUUAUAAACAUCUCGAAGGCGGUGUUGAAUUUCUGGAUACUAUUCCAAAAUCACCAGCGGGUAAAAUUCUCAGGCGAGUGCUACGGGAUCGCAAUAAAUCGAGACAAUGA